AUGUCACUCAAUCAAGAAGUUAAAAACAUUAUGCUACAAAAUGAUGAAUCAAAAUUGAUCGCUUUGAAAGAUAUAUUACAAAAAAAUAUUAGUUCUUGUAAUAAUACGAUUCUUGUCGACUCUUUCGAAGAAGAAAAAACUCUUAAAAAUUUUAAAAUCUAUCUGCCAAAGAGUUUUAAAGAAAAACAUAAUGGCAGUUAUGUUGUUUUAAGGUCUCAAUCAACUGGAAACUGUCUGUACAGUUCUAUCUCCUUACGUCUUACUGGAAAUAACUGUAUAGUUAACGAUUUAAGAUUACAGACCUCAAUUGAGCUAUUCUUAAAUGCCGAGUUUUAUUCUAACCAUCCAACUUUUCAUUAUGCUUUUAUUAACAAUACUAGCUCUUUUCUUUGCUAUGAUAACAUUCUUCCUUUAUCAGUAUCACUAAAUUCUUUGGAUUCUGGAAAAAAAAGUAAAGAUUUAGUUCAAGAAGAAGCUAUUAACAAUUGUAACAAUGAAAACUGGUCUUCUUUCCUUUGUAUUCUUGCAUUAUCAAGUGUUUGCAACAAGAAAAUAGAAUUUAAAGAUGUUUUUGUACCUUGUAAAACAUUUUCUUUUCCUAAAAAUCUUAAUGGGCGAAGUUUUCAAUUUAUGUGGAUAGAAAAAUUUCCAUGGCUCACAUAUUCGAAAAUAUUCGAUGGAGCCUUUUGUUUGCCAUGUGUACUUUUUGGGUGUAAUUUUCCAUCUGAAUGUAGUUUAGUCGAAAGAUUAUUUCGUAAGCCUUUUGAUCGCUGGAAUGAUGCUUCUUGUUACUUUCAGAAACAUGCAUUUGGCAAAAACAAUAAUAAGUCUGUCUGCAGAAAUAAAGGCUUACAUGUAAAAACUGCUGAAGUUUUAUUUUCAUUGUCGUCGAUUUGGUCUUCUAAAACAGAAUCAAUAGAUAUUACAUCUCAAAAAAUAGUUCAAUCACAGGUUUCUAAAAACCGACAGUUAUUACAACCAAUUAUUGAAACAAUUAUUCUCUGUGGACGUCUUGGUCUUUCUUUACGAGGCCAUAGAGGCAAUUCAGAGUUUCAUCCUGAAAAUAGUGAGUCUUUUAAUCAUACUGUUGGAAAUUUUAUUGAAUUAUUACAUUUUCGUGUUAAAGCUGGUGAUAAAGUUCUUGAAGAUCAUCUUAAAUAUCAUCAACAAAAUGCUUCUUACAUAUCUAAGACAUCACAAAAUCAGUUAAUAAGGUGUUGUGGAGAAAUUAUUACUGACACAAUAAUAGGAGAAAUUAAAAAUUCUAAAUAUUUUUCUAUUAUUGCUGAUGAAGCUUCUGACAGUUCAAACAAAGAACAGCUAUCAUUAGUUAUACGGUUUGUUGAUUCAAAGUUUAAUAUAAGAGAAGAAUUUAUCAGUUUUUUACAUUGCACAAAUGGUGUUACUGGUCAAGGAUUAUUUGAUAUUUUGUUAAAAAGUAUUUCAGAUUUUUCUUUAGAUAUCAUGAAUUGCAGAGGACAGUCAUAUGAUGGUGCUGGAGCAAUGGUUGGUCACACCAAAGGAUUGUCCUCUCGUAUUUUAAUUCUAAAUGAAAAAGCUACAUUUGUUCAUUGCUAUAGCCAUAGGCUUAAUUUAGUUAUUUGUGGCUCGUGCAAUGUGCAAUAUGUCAAGAAUCUUCUGGCAUAUGUUAAAGAGGUAUCAUAUUUUUUCAAUCUUUCACCUACCAGACAACAAAAGUUAGAGGAACACAUUGAAUGUACUGUUCCAAUAGCUGUUAAAAAAAAAUUAAAAGAUGUUUGCAGAACACGUUGGGUGGAAAAAGUAAAUGGUUUAGAUACUUUUCAAGAACUUUUUAUUCCUUUGGUCUCUUGUCUUGAAGAAAUGUCUUUAAAUGCCAAUAAGAGUUUUAAUCAUUCAACAGCUUCUAGUGCAUCAUCCCUUCUGAAACUAAUUACAGGUUUUGAUUUUAUUGUUGCUAUGUGCAUAACAAGAAAUGUGUUUGACUUAACUCUUCCCAUAACGCGAAUGUUGCAGUCAAAGAGUAAUGAUAUUUAUGAUGGUUUGAAUCUUAUUCGGGCGUUAAAAGAUGUUGUGAUUUCACUUAGAAAGAUCGUUGAUCAACACCAUAAAAUGUGCUAUGAACAGGCUUUAAAAAUUGCACAAAGUAUUAAUGUAGCUGAAGCAAAGCCAAGAACUUCAUUUAUUUCCAAAAACAGAGAUAAUACUCCUUCUGAAUCUAUUUCUGAUUAUUUUAAGUUAGUUAUCACGAUUCCUUUAUUAGACCAUCUAAGUGUUGAACUAGACACAAGGUUUGAUGAUACUACCUUUAAAUGUUAUAAAGCACUUGUGCUAGUUCCUACAAAAAUGAUUUCAGUAGUGCAAUGUUCUCAUGACACCAGUUGGAAAGACUCCAUCAUAUCUUUCAGUGACUUUUACGCAACAGACUUACCGAAUCCGCUUGCUUUGUCUGGUGAGCUUGAUUUAUGGGAAGCCUUCUGGUUAAAUUUUGAAGGAGAUGUCCCUUCUAAUAUUUCCGAGACGUUAAAAGCGAUAAAUUUUCCUGGUUUUGAAAACAUAAAAGUUUGUCUUAAGUUACUUGCUACCUUUCCAUUAACUUCAUGUGAGUGUGAGCGGACAUUUUCUUCACUUCGGCGCCUAAAAAAUUAUAUGCGAAGCACCAUGGUUCAGGACCGUCUAAAUGGUUUAGCAUUAAUGAAUAUUCAUUCAGAAAUAGUUAUAGAUAUCAAUAAAGUCAUUGAUAAGUUUGCCACUAAUAAUCGUAGAUUAACUUUCAAAUAA